AAAAAUAUAGGGAAAGAUCUGCCGAAAGUUGUCUAGCUUGCCAUCCUGCAGUCCAAGAUUUAUCUGAAUCUUUUAUAAAAUUUUGGAAUUGGUAUAGACCAAAAUACAACGCCUCUUAUUCUAUUACUUGUAAUAUUGUUGAAUAUUUUCAAGGAGCCAUAUACUCUCUUGACGAAUACACAAGAAAUACUUUUAUCAGAUUAAUUCCAACAUCU